GUGGCAUUACAUUCUCGAUUCUCAUUCAGACAAAGAGAGAGAAGUGUGCCUUUACUGUCUGAAACUGAAGAGAAAACGCUCUAACCGAAUCACAUCAAUGUCGACGGAACGAGAAAUUGUCUGUGUCACUGGCGCCAGUGGCUGCAUCGGCUCGUGGCUCGUCCAUCUUCUCCUCCUCCGUGGCUACUCCGUUCACGCCACCGUGAAAAACCUCCAGGAUGAGAAAGAGACGCAACAUCUGGAAGCUCUCGAAGGUGCAUCCACGCGCCUCCAUCUAUUCGAGAUGGAUCUCUUACAGUACGACACCGUUUCCGCCGCCGUCAACGGCUGUACCGGCGUAUUCCACCUCGCAUCUCCCUGUAUCGUCGACGAAGUCCAAGAUCCACAGAAACAACUACUUGAUCCAGCGGUUAAGGGGACAUUAAAUGUACUAACGGCGGCAAAAGAAGCCGGCGUGAAGAGAGUUGUGGUGACAUCUUCCAUAUCAGCGAUAACCCCAAGCCCAAACUGGCCUAGUGAUAAGAUAAAGAACGAGGAAUGUUGGGCUGAUCAAGACUACUGCAAGCAAAAUGGAUUGUGGUAUCCACUUUCUAAGACGCUGGCUGAGAAGGCGGCUUGGGAGUUUGCAGAGGAGAAGGGAUUAGAUGUGGUUGUGGUGAAUCCAGGCACUGUUAUGGGUCCUGUCAUUCCUCCAUCGAUCAACGCUAGCAUGCUCAUGCUUCUACGCCUCCUUCAGGGGUGUACGGAGACGUACGAGAACUUCUUCAUGGGUUCGGUGCAUUUCAAGGAUGUGGCGUUAGCUCAUAUUCUUGUUUACGAGCACCCAUCUGCUAAAGGAAGACACUUGUGCGUUGAGGCCAUCUCUCACUACGGUGAUUUUGUUGCUAAAGUGGCUGAACUAUAUCCUAAUUACAAUGUCCCCAAGUUGCCCAGAGAGACUCAGCCAGGUUUACUCCGAGUCAAGAACGCAUCAAAGAAGCUGAUGGAAUUGGGGUUAGAGUUCAGUUCCAUGGAGGAUAUCAUCAAGGAAGGUGUGGAGAGUCUUAAAAGCAAAGGAUUUAUCUCCUAAACUCAUUUGCUUGAUUUAGCAGUGACCAAGGCAGCAGAAUCAUGUCAUGUUAUAUAAGACUUUCCAAUUUGAAUAAACAAGCUAGACCUUGCUGUAUUAUAUAAGAUCCAACUUCCAAGUACUAUUAAUUGACUGUGAAUACUGAAUGGAUUAGCUCUGAGAUUGUUAGCAUAAAAGGUAAGAUCUUCGUUUCUGCUUUAGGUAUAUUAUUGUGAUGUUGC